CAAAUAAUGUUUAAAGUUACGUUUACAUUUAUGUAUGUGGCAGACUCUUUUAUUCAAAGUGUCCACACAUUUUAUCAGUCUUUGCGUUCUCUGGGAAUCAAACCCAUUGAGAUGCUAGAGCCAUGCUUUACAUUUUGAACUUAAAUUGGUGAUAUUUAUUGUAUUUAAUCAGAAAUAGAGGUUUUGUUUAUGGAGUCACUGUGCUUGUAUUUAACACGCUCUGUCCUGUGCUUUAGUCCAUUCUAUGGCGAGGACUUCUACUUUGAAAUUCCACGGCCUUUCCAAUGCCUGUCCUUCUACGUAUACGCCAAGAGCAUGUUCCAAAUAAGGGAUCUACCUGUAGGGAAAGUAGCCAUCAGGAAGGAAGAUCUUUAUAAGUACUGCGGGAAAGAGAACUGGUUUCAGUUACAGCCCGUGGAUCCACACUCAGAAGUUCAGGGCAAGGUUCAUUUAGAGAUGAAGCUGAAUGAACUGAUCACAGAGAAUGGCUCCAUCUGCCAACAGCUUGUGGUUCAGAUAAUUGCAUGUCAGGGUUUGCCGUUGAUAAGUGGGCAGAACUGCGAUCCAUACGCCACAGUAACACUUGUAGGGCCUGCCAGGUCUGACCAGAAAAAAACUAAAGUGAAGAAGAAAACCAGUGACCCUCAGUUUGAGGAGACCUUUCAUUUCGAGGUCACAAGGUCAAGCAGUUACAAAGGGAGGUCACAUUUUCACGUGGAGGAAGAGGACAUAGAGAAACUAGAGAUCAAGGUGGAGCUGUGGAAUAAUGGUAACUUGGCACAGGAUGUGUUCCUCGGAGAGACACGGGUAUCUGUGAAAAUCCUGAGAAAUGAUCAUAUUCACAGAGCAUGGUACUUGUUUAUGCUAGGUGGUUGCUGUAGAAAGUAUGAGACGGUUGAUAUUGUUUCUUUACGUCUGAAGGUAACAUACACGGAGGACAACGUCCUGCCCUCUGCCUGCUACACGGCCCUUCGCAACCUAAUGCUCAAAUCCCCGGAUGUCAAGCCGAUCUCAGCGUCAGCGGCUCAUGUUCUGGGAGAUAUUUGCAGAGAGAGUGUGGGGUAUGAAGCACUGCUUCCUGUAGUCAGACUGCUGCUCCAUCACAACAGACUGCUGCCCUUUCUCACCUCUGUUGCUGCUCUGGAGCUGGAGAAUACACAAGAGGCCAACACCAUAUUCAGAGGGAACUCUCUGGCAACCCGCUGCAUAGACGACAUGAUGAAGAUUGUGGGCAGAAGUUACUUGACCGUCACUCUCAAACCUGUUCUAAAUGAGAUCUUUGAAUCAAAUAAAACCUGUGAGAUCGAUCCUGUCAAACUAAAAGAGGGCGAUAAUGUGGAAGUCAACAAGGAGAAUCUUCAGGGUUAUGUGCAGAAGGUAUUUACGUCUAUAACACAGUCCAGCUCCAGUUGUUCUCCCCUCAUGUGUGACGUCUUCAGGUCACUCAGACAGCUCGCGUCUAAACGCUUUCCAGCGGAUCCUCAUGUGCAGUACUCAGCGGUCAGUAGUUUCAUAUUUCUGAGGUUCUUUGCGGUGGCUGUUCUCUCUCCACACACCUUCCAGCUGAGAGCCCAUCAUCCUGAGCCUGAAAUUUCCCGCACACUUACUCUUAUCUCUAAAACCAUCCAGUCUCUGGGCAGCUGGGGCAGCCUUUCCAAGAACAAACUGUCGAGCUUUAAAGAAACCUAUAUGUAUGAUUUCUUCAAGUUAUUCCAAGAAGAUGAAUGUAUAGAAAAAGUUAAAAAGUUCUUAGAUGAGAUCUCCUCUAAUGUAAGUAAGGAGUCCAGUGGAGUGGAGGACUCUUUUGUGCUGAAGGAGGGAGAGGUACAUAAGCGGGCCCAGGGAAGAAAGCGAAUAGGACAGAAGAACUUUAAGAAACGCUGGUUACGAGUGACCAAUCAAGAGCUGUCCUAUCACAAGCAGAAAGGGAAAGAAGCACUGUGUGUCAUUCCUGUGAAAAACAUCCUCAGUGUCGAGAAACUGGAAGAAAGUGCCUUUAAUCGCAAAAACAUGUUUCAGGUAAUCCAUUCAGAGAAACCUCUGUACGUGCAGGCGGGGAACUGCGUGGAGACCAACAGCUGGAUCGAGGUACUGAGUCAGGUCAGCCGCUGUAACCCGGGACGGCUCAGCACGUUUCACCCGUCCGCUUACGUGGGUGGAUUCUGGUUAUGCUGUAAGGAAACCAAUGAGAGCACCCCUGGCUGCAAACCCUGCACUGCGACGUUGGCUAAUAUUCAACUGGACAUCGACUGUGACAGAGAAACAGAACGAAUCUUCUCCUUCUUCUCCUCCAGCCGCUCCAGACUACAGAAGAUGGAGGAUGCCUGUGCCGGUAUGUCGGUGUAUCUUGGGCAGCAGGAGGAUUGUUCAGCCUUUACUAUACAGGACCCUAAAGAGACCUUCCGUACUAUUAAAGAGCUCGGAGAAGUACUGGACGAUCUGCAGGCUCAUCAUGAUUUAAAGGGAGCGCUAACUGAUGAACCAGGCACUAUCGAGAAUCCUAUAGUUGGAAAGACAGUGUAACCUUGUGACUGCAAGACCAUGUGGUACUGACACAGCCACACAAGCAGAGGGCGCUGUAUUUGUCGACAUAGAGGAGCAUAACAGCACUCUGAGAAGUGCUGCCAUUCCACUCGUGACUGAGGUUUACCUCCAGUAAUGGCCUGUCUGGAGUCGCAAUGUACUGGGAAGAAUUUGGCCAGUCAAGAGUCAAGUGGUGUGUCCGUGAGUUGCUAUCAUUGGAAAAAUCAAGCUCUUUUCUCUGUGUUCGGUCUCUGUUUUAUAUCAGAUUUUAAGAUCGUUUAGUAACCUCAAUCGCCAGUCCGCACAGUAAGAAAAGAUUCCAAUCACCUCUUAUCCAUUCCUAAACAGGCUGUGAAAGUCCAGACACCAAGAGUUUGUCUGAGAAAUUAUAGCUGCUAAAAUAGUCUUUGAAAGAACUCAACCUUCACAUUUUUCUUUACAAAGCAUCAGUUUUUCAGGCUACUGGUUGUCUGAUGUUUUGACAAGUAAAAUAACCAUGUCAAAGGGAAUCUUCCAUCGUUCUUUAUAUUUGUAGUAUCAUCCCUCUCAGCCAUCCCUUUGAGUGUGUGCAUGGUUUUCUAUCUGUAGUGGAUAGAAUUAAUCUGCCUUAUAAAUUCUGUGGAGGUACUUACAGUGCCACACUUGUGUAUGAAUUAGGGACUAAUGCAGAAGCACUUUAGAUAUUUGGAAUGUUCCAGAUGAGAUUGUUUUAGAUACGUCGUAUCAACCUUUUUUCCUGAUAUUGAUCAGUUACAUGAUCAACUCUUGUGUAAUGUUCUGUAGAUAACGUUCAUAUCCUGUAGAUUUUUACUAGCUAUUUUUCUUACGCCAAAGAUGUUGUUUUGUAGGUUUUCUUGACUUGAAAAUGGUAUACAUGUAGUUUUUUUAAUAUAGAACUUUUAAAAAAGGAAAAUGGCUAUCUAUAUUUCAUGGACGUACAUUUUGGGAGCAUUAAACAUUUUGAUAAACAUGGAGAAGAUUGCACUCAAUCAAUCUUUGUAAUUUUAUCCCAUACAAACAAUGACAAAUGGUUGGAUAUUUUAUAGUACGCUGUCAUGAGCUCUGUUCCAAAACUUAGUGAGAUGCCUGUAAAGAUGACAUUUUAAGGCAGCAAAAUUGUGCACAAAAACAAAAAGGCUGUUCAGCAAAAUCAAAUUAUAGAGAAUGAAUUCCCAUAAUGCACUGCAGCAAACUCUGUGAGGAAAAAAACAAAAACAAUUCCAGAGGCAUUUAAGAAAAAUACCUAUUGAUUAUGAAUGUAUUUUAGUUUGAUGCAGAACAGAAACUAAUUUCUCAAUAUUUGUGUAUGCUAUGUGUAUUUUUGCUUGAGUGUUGAGCUGUUAGCUUAGCAACAUGCUAACAGCAAAUGCUAAUUGGAAUCAGUUGGAAUUGGAUUUAAUGUAAUAAGUGUGAUAUGCAAACUUCUGUUUGGAUGCUGUCUUAAAAUAUAUCUGCCAGUGUCAACAAGGCAGCUCACUAGUGUUUUGAAUGCAGCUAUAAACGUAGAUUGUCUGGUAUGAAUUCUGCUUGAGAAGUAACAAUCACCUGCAUCAUGUUUGUUGUGUCACAGUUGUGUUGUAGUUGCGUGGUGGAAUUGUCAUGUAAUUUCCUGAUAACCACCUACUGUUUUUUACAGGUCUACACAUUCACAGUUUUGUUUUAAAAUGACCCCGUUCUCAACUGUACUGAGGGGGUUUUCUGUGUCUUUGCUAUAACGUUGGAGACUGUUAUGUUCUGCUUGGUAUGCUUGUGUUUUGCAUAUAUUGUUAGUCUAGAUCAGUGGUUCUCUCCUAAAAGGUUAAAAAUGUUCCACAAUAAGAUGAACUAACCGUAUAAUAAUGAAUAAGUUCAGGUAGCAAAAUAAAUAAAAGAAAAGAGGCUUAAUUCUGAACUUAAAAAAUAUCAACCUAUGUAAUGAUAUAACAAAUUCAUGGGAUUGAACAUUUUAAUAAUUCAGUUCUAUUGUUCUAUAAUUAAGAAGAACAAUCAAGGCAUUUUUUUUUUUUUUUUUUUUUUUUUUGAAAACUUAGGGUUAGUAUUUCAGCUCUUUGCAUUCUGUCUAUGUGUCAUUGUGGGGCCAGUGCACACAGAACAAUUUUAUCCACAAAUUCCAUUCUGAGACCAAUUUCUGUAAUUGUAAAGAAUGUUUAUUGUCGUAUAGGGGAAAAUCACAGGCCUUUGAUUGUCUUUGAGAUUUUGAUAGCUCGCGUGCAAUGAAGUACCAAUAGAGUACUGCAGUGAGGCCUGGUUCCCUCAACAAAAUCCAUAUAGGAUUAUUCUCUUGGCUUUUGGAUUAUUGCAGAAAAUAAGCACUUUGACCAACAAAAGUUUAUGAUGCUUGCACAUUUUGUUCAUCAUGGUCUUCUCAAUUUUGAACCCUAAAUACAGUUACCUGAAGUAAAAAGCUUAAUGUAGGCUAUAACGGCACUACACCACAAUCAGUCACAUGACUUCAGUGUUCCCGACAACCUCUGUAGUCCCACUGAGCCAGUUGUUACCAACUGCCUUUCUCAAGACAAUUAAAAGCUCUAAAAAAAUCUUAAGGGUUUUUUAUUAAUGUAUUAAAAUUAGAUUAAAAGUGCUAAAUUGGUUACUAAUUUCUGGGUUUUGGCUUACGUAAAUACAUCACUGCAGUAGUGUAUAGAACUGAUGAAUUUUGAAGACGUUGUUUUCUAUAAGUAUGCAAACCUGCGCCACUCGUAUAGUUUUCUGUUACAUUACAGAUCCCCCAAAUAGUUAUCUUGUCCAGAAAUGACUUUGUCUGGUCCGGAUAUGGAUAUAUGACUCCUUAAAUGUGAGGAGAAAAUGCUUUCCAUAUCCUUUGUUUAUAGCAUCUGUCAUUUGACAGAAGCUCAUCAAAUCAGGCAGAUGCCAAUAUAGAUGGGUUGAGAAAAAAACUCCCAGCAACAUCAAAUACAGGCUGCAGUGAGGACAUGGUUUGUCGAAACCACAGUGUUUUUGAGAAUUAUUGGCAGCUGAGAGCAUGAAACCAAUGAAAUAUUGUACAAUACACAAUUUUGGUACCAUGUUGGGUCACCAGCUGUUGUCCAAUGUAAACUCUGGGUCAUGAAGCAAAACCACUUGAGAACCAUUGAUCUAGAUAAACUAAAAAAAUCUAACCUGUUAAUGUGACCAUUUUACAUUCUUUUAAAAAGACACCUUAGCACUAUGAGAGAAGAAUAUGUGAAAAAUAAAUGGGGACCGCAGGAACCAGCAAGUGUUGCUUUCUUUGAAUUUGGCAUAUCAGAGAAAGCAAAUCGAUUUCUGUCAUACCUCAAACUCCAUUGUAAAGUUUUUCGAUGUCAGAACAUUCCAUUCUAAACAAACUUUGGCGAAAACACAAGACUACAGGACAUCAGUCUACAUUUGUGAAUUUUAAGUGAUGUGCCUCUCAACCAGAUAUAUAUUUUUGUAAAUCAGGAAAUUUUGAAAGCUGAAAGAUUGUACUGAGCAUUGAUGAAGAGGCCUGAAACAAAAUUUGCCAUUUUAGCACAAACGAUUAUGCAACAUUCACCUUUCGUUUACGGUGUCAGAAUAUAUAUAUUUGACUUACUCUAGGUCCAUCAGAUGUGUGUAAUUUGUGUGUAUUUAUCUUUUCUCAUGUGUGAUGUGUAGAUGUUUGUAGCACACUGUGAACUGAGUGUUGGCAUGAUAUGUUGAUGCAUUGGUUGAAUGGUACGUAGAUGUUCAUCUGGUACUCUGCGGCUCCAGUGAGCUUCAGUAGAAAUGUGGUACUGAUCAUCCUCCCUUCAUAACUGUGGUAGAGCAAAGAUCCUUGUGGGCUUGUUUAGCAUUGUGGUGAUACCACAGACCUCUUCCAUUCAUUAGACUUGUUGGACUGAAUUAAGUGGUUUCUGUGUAAUUGUGUAAUACCCCAACCCACCCAUCUCUGAACUGGGGCAUAUUCUCAUCUAGUGUAAACAUACAGAAACCGUUACAACCAGCAUCCAGUGGCCUUUUAGAAUGCCCCAUCCUCCCCAGAACUAAAUAUUCUUCUUUAACAUUCCCAAUUUAGCACUUAUCUUUGAGUUUAUGGAGCAAUGCAGACAAUCACCAUAUCAUACGAAUGUUUCAAACCAUUAUGUGCUCCUGUUAUAAUGUUUGUGCUCGAAUUCCAUCCCGUUGCCAUAAUUGGGUCUGCAAGUCGCCUUUUGAAAACCUUGUAGUUUAAAUAAUGCAUUUCUUAAAUUAUUAUAUUUUUAGAUCAGUAAUGUAGGUCUGUAAAACUGCUAUAAAUAUUUGCACAAAUUUGACCACUUUUUUUUUGUCUGCCCAUUCCCAUUCCUCUUCCAAUGUAUUACUAACUGUACUGGACAUGCUUGCUUCAUUUUGUUAUUUAAAUGUUUUUAUACCAUUAUUUUCACAGUACAAGCUCACAUAAUUCCUCUGUUAUUAGUUCUGUGGUAUUAAUUUACAAUAAAAAUAUUGUUUGUGUGAA